AUGACGCGAUCAGCUUCCGCAGAGCCUUCGAAGCCGGCCAAGCGCAAGGGCACCAGAAGCGUCUCUACCUUGACGCCGUCUCAGCUGGCGCGCAAGCGUGCCAACGACAGAGAAGCCCAGCGGGCCAUCAGAGCCAGGACAAAGGAGCACAUCGAGAGACUCGAGCGAGAGCUUGAAGAACUCAAGAGCGAACGCAACCGCGACCAAAGCCAGACCGUUCAGGAGCUCUUGCGCAAGAACAAGGCCCUUGAAGAGGAACUGUUCAAGCUCCGUGAGAGCGUGGGCAUUCCCAACGGGCAGUCUUACCCAAACUCAGGUACGGCUGCCGCAGCUGCCUCGUCCUCUGCGUGGGUGUCUCUUGUUCGUGCUGACUCGGCUCCAGUAUACGACGACAACCUCAGUUCUAUCAGUGGGGCUGUCCCGAGUCCCAGAUCUUCACCAUUCCCAUCAAACGGUGAUUACAACGUGAUGCAAGAACUCGGCCCCUCGUAUGUGCCCAUGCCGGAUGCGUCAGAGUCAUGGGGCCCAGGCAUUCCCGUUUCCGUUCCCUCGACCGUUUCUAGCCCGUCAUCGUCGGCCAACACGGACGAGUACGGCGCAGGCUACAUCCCCACGAGCGUCCCCGCGCCGAUGAUGGACGCCCGUAGCAUCCCGUCCAAGAUGGAGUACGACGACGUCGACUCUGUUUCUAGACGCUGGCUACCCGCACAACCAUCAUCCCAUGGGCCACCAACACGUUCCCAUGGCUCAUCAUCAUCAGUCAUACCUCCCUCACCAGCAGUCGUGGAAUUCGUAUCCAACCCCGGUGUACUACCAACAACCGUCGGCCCAUUGAUUCGCCAGCCAGGCACCACCCUCUGGGAGAUUCCGACACUCAUCGUCCCGCCAACUUGUCGAAUCGACCAGCUGUUGGUUGGCUUCAUCCAGGAUUGCCGCCGACUGUCCCAGCUCAAACCCCUUGACUCGCUCCUCCGACCUGCCAGGGUCAACAUGAAGAACUUCCUCGAAUACCAUCCUACUUCACCUACCAAUUCACCCCCAAGAUGCCAGCUAGCCGAUCUCGACCGUGCCGCUUCCAACUCUGCCGCGGCUUCCGGUGCCAAUCAUCCCAUGGCCGAGCUCAUUACCGCCCUCGUCAACAAGGCCGGCGUGACCAACGUCAUCGAACGCCUCGCUGUCUUUGCGGUCAUCCAGCGGGCCGUCGCUUGGCUGGUGCAUCCGACGCGCGAGGCAUACAUGGCCAUGGUACAAGAGCUCACGCCCAAGCCGAUCCAGACGGCCAUCCCACACCCGCAAUGGGUCGACCUCAUCCUCUGGGCCCCCUUACGCAGUGCCAUCAUCGAGCGGCAGGAUGCAUACGCAAACGAAGAAUUCCAGGCCGUUUACUCGUCUAGUCUGAGGCUCAUCAACUGGCCGUGCCGACCAAUCGAUGCCCUUGUCGUCGACCCGCAGUCUGGAGAAAUGUGGCUGAGUGACACCUUCACAGCCCACGCCAUGCGCGUCGAAAACUGGCGUCUCAAUGAGAACUUCGUAAGACGCUACCCUGAACUCCGUGGCUGCGUUGCCGUCGAAGGGUCAUAG